UACGAAGAGUUAAACCAAUACUCGACACUCUUCUUUCCACAUGACCUUUAUCCUGGGAAAACUAUCAUCUUGGGUAACACUAAAUCUGCUGGAAACACAGUGCGACCAUUCACUUAACCAAAACAAGGUGUCACAGAUUCCAUAUGGUUGAAAAAUAAAGAAAGACAAAGUCUUGAUGACUUUUGUAAGAGCCCAACCGCUAAAGGAGAACACAAACAUUGUGUCUCAUCUUUGGAAUCAAUGAUUGAUCAUGUCGUUUCACAUUUUGGAACCACAAAAAUUAAAGCUAUUUCAAGUACCUUUGACAAAAAUCAAGACCAAUAUGUGGUGGAGGAAGUGAAAAAAAUUGGAGACAAUGCUGUGAUGUGUCAAAGAUUAAAUUUUGAAAAAGUUGUAUUCAAUUGCCACCAAGUUCGUGCAACAACUGCUUAUGUGGUCUCAUUGGUAACCCCUCAAGGAGAUAAAACUAAGGCUUUAACUGUUUGCCACCAUGACACAAGAGGAAUGAACCCCGAGUUGCUUUAUGAAGCUCUCCAAGUCAAACCUGGAGCUGUCCCUGUUUGUCAUUUCAUUGGAAAUAAGGCUGCUGCUUGGGUACCCGAUAAUUCUGUUGACCAUCCUUGUGUCAUCUAGAUGCUUACUAGUCAUGCACAUCAUUUCCAAUAAAAUAUAUCACGGUAAAACCAUGCUUGACAUUUGAGGAUUUUUAACUUUAUGGGAUCCUCACGUUCAUACUAGAACUGUUUUAAAAUAAUGGAUGUAUUUAUGGAGAACUAUGAUGUGCAAUUUUAAAUUCCAUGUAUUCUAAAUAAAACAUGCUAGUUCUAUACUAAUUAGAACUAUGGUUUGUAACUUUGUAUCUGGUGGUAUCUAAGUAUCUUAUGACCAGUUUCCUUGUAUGUUUGAAUUUCGUAAUGCAAAAGAAGUGUUUGAUAUA